AAACACCAUCAACUCCGCACAUUCUUCAUCAAUCCAAAAAUAUCAGUUAUGGCAUCUCCAAACUGUAUUAUGUUUUCAUUUUUCAUAGUCCUAUUGUGGAGUUCUUGUUCUGUUCUUUCAAAUACAACUCCUGAAAAGUUCUACCAAUGUAUUUGCAAGAACUCUGAUUUCUCUGAACCUUUCUCCACAGCUUUCUUUACCCCUAAAGAUGCUUCUUUUAUCCCAAUCUUGAAGUCCACAGCUCAAAAUCUAAGGUGUUUGAUGCCAUCAGUUCCUAAACCUGAGUUGAUUUUCACCCCAAAGACAGAGCCCCAUGUCCAAGCAGCUGUCAUUUGUGCAAAACAGCUUGAUAUUCAGCUCAGAGUUAGGAGUGGAGGCCAUGACUACGAAGGCCUAUCCUACAUUUCUGAAAUUGGGUCUCCUUUUGUACUCGCUGAUCUCUCGAAGCUUCGAGGGAUCGAAGUGAACUUAAAGGAGGAAUCAGCUUGGGCUCAGGCUGGUGCUACUAUUGGUGAAGUCUACUAUAGGAUUUCAGAGAAAAGCAAGACUCUAGGAUUCCCUGCAGGGAUCUAUACCAGUUUGGGAAUUGGUGGUCACAUCACUGGUGGUGCUUAUGGUUCCAUGAUGAGGAAAUUUGGGCUUGGAGUUGACAAUGUGAUGGAUGCUCGUAUCGUUAAUGCUAAUGGCACGAUACUUGAUAGGAAAUCGAUGGGGGAAGGCUUGUUUUGGGCAAUUCGAGGAGGUGGAGGAGCUAGUUUCGGGAUCAUACUUGGUUGGAAGUUGAAAUUAGUCGCUGUUCCAUCCACUGUCACUGUCUUCAAUAUCCCGAAAACAUUGGAAGACGGCGCCACGAAGAUUUUAUACAAGUGGCAGCAAGUUGUUGACAAAAUUGAUGAUGGUCUAUUCAUGAAAGUAAUCAUAAAGGUAGUGGACAAGAAAGAGGUAAAAGGGGAAAAGACUGUUCAAACAACUUAUAACGCGUUGUUUCUUGGAAGUGUCGACAGGCUUUUACAAAUAAUGAAUGAAAGUUUCCCUGAAUUGGGAUUGACACAACAAGACUCUGCAGAAAUGAGUUGGAUUGAAUCAAUUAUGUACAAUGCAGGAUACCCGAAAAACACCCCACCAAAAAUACUCCUCCAGGGGAAAUCAAUGUUCAAGAACUACUUUAAAGCCAAAUCAGACUUUGUAAAAAAGCCAAUACCAGAAACUGGGCUAGAAGGCCUAUGGAAAAGGCUAUUGGAAGAAGACUCACCACUGCUGCUAUGGAAUCCCUAUGGAGGAAUGAUGGCUAAAAUAUCAGAAUCAGACACUCCUUUCCCACACAGAAAAGGUGUCAUUUUCAUGAUUCAGUACGUAGCUCUCUGGCAUCAACCUGAUAAAGAAUUAGCCACAAAACACGUAGAUUGGAUCAGGAAGCUCUACGAUUAUAUGACGUCUUAUGUUUCUAAGUCUCCAAGAGAAGCAUAUGUGAAUUACAGAGAUCUUGAUUUAGGUAUGAACAAGAAUGGGAAUAGUAAUUUCAGCUUUGCACAAGCCAGUGAGUGGGGAAACAAGUAUUUCCAGAAUAAUUUUAACAGGUUGGUGCAAAUAAAGACUAAGGUGGAUCCAGAAAAUUUCUUCAGACAUGAACAAAGCAUCCCAGUACUUCCUCUUACUAGUAUUUAGGAAGAGAAUCAACCACUAAAGGGAUGAUUCCAAGUUUAUAUUUGACCAAUAGUAAAAGUAUCCAUAAAUCUAAGUGCUAUAUUUGAUGUUGUUUAAUGUGGUGAAAUGUAUGGUUUAGCCAACAUCACAUAAUAUAAGUAACUACUGAAUUUGUCCAGGCUUCGUGCGGUUAUAGAAGAUAAGAUACUAAUAUUUUUAUUAGACAUAAUACCAAUAGAAGCUUGUCGA